ACACUAUACAAACAGCUCUUUUCGGAACACUACUGCAAUCAGCUGAUUUCUUGCGCGAUGUGUUUAUGCCAUUUUUUAAAUUAGUGUAUUUUAUAGUAUAUAUUAUUUUAUUUGUAUUUUUUAUUAUCAUAAAAUGUAUAUAAUUGAGGAAAUGCUACGGCUUGCAAUCAAUGUACAAAAUAAUAUAUAAUAUAAUUCAGCAAUUAACAUCGUUUGACACGAGCUUGACACAUAGAAAGGUUAGAAGAAGUAAUCUCUUAACUAACUGGCAAUAUAAAGUGUCAAAAUUAUCAGUGAUAAUGAAACGUAAAGCCGAAUCGAAUACAAAUAAACCAGCGACUUUAAAUAAAAGUCACUGGUCUGCUGGUUUACUUAAAUCAAUGGAGGAUCCUGAAAGUAUAAUCAAGGAAGAUGACAGAAUAGUUGUUAUUAAAGAUAAAUAUCCUAAAGCACAAUUUCACUAUUUGGUUUUACCAAAAGAGAAUAUACUUUCCAUAUGGCAAGUGAAAAAGAAUCAUCAAGAUUUAUUAAUGCAUAUGCAUGACAUUGCUCGUGAUCUUGUAGAAAAUCAAACAGAUCAUGAAUUCAUCAUAGGAUAUCACGCGAUGCCAAGUAUGCAAAGAUUGCAUUUACAUGUAAUAAGCACGGAUUUCAAUAGUCCUUGUCUCAAAACCAAGUAUCACUGGAACUCAUUUACGACACCAUUCUUUAUGCAUUCGUCAGAUGUAUGCCGUCAACUGCGCGAAGAAGGAGAAAUUAAAAAAGUUUCUUCGGAGAGAUCCAAAGAUUAUUUAAAUACGCAAUUAAAAUGCCAUAAAUGCGCAAUACAACCGAAAAAUAUGCCAGAUUUAAAAAGGCAUAUAUUAACACAUAUUGAUAAACAAAAACAAUAAACUACUGAAUGUAUAUAAAAUAUUUAUAAUGUAACAUUUUUCUCCUCGAUGUAUUAUUUCUAGAAAAAAUAAAUUAUGAGAUAUAUAAAUGUAUAAUUUA